GCGCUCGCUCGCCCGCUCGCCCGGGGGGCAGGUGGCCGCGCCUGGAUGCCGGGCUCGCGGCGCGGGGCUGGGCGCGCUCCCGCGGAGCCGGAGCCGCAGAGGCCCCCGGACUGCGCUCGUUUCCCGCAGGUGAGCUGACGCUCUAAGGACUGGCCUGCCCCCAGGAGGAGACAUUCCGCAGGAGCACGGGAUGCAGAAGGGGACCCCGCGGAUGGCAUGCCGGCCCGGCCCCCCGAGAAGACCAUGACCCCUGCCGAUCUCCUGGGCGUUCCCGCGUUCCCCAGCGAAGCCUCCCCCACUUCCUCCCGUGCCCGGGGGGGACCUGAGGGACGGCGGGGCUGCCCGCGAGCGUGAGGCCGCGGCUCGGGCGGAGCAUGACCCUGGGAGGCCACGUCCUCUCGUCUUCCCGUGGCACCAGAGGUCGCCCUCCCCCGUGCCCCGGGGCUGCGGCGGCGCCUCCUUUUCACACCCGUGGCCCGUGCCGUCCGACCGCCUCCUGUGCCCAUAAGUCGCCCUUCCAGCCGCCCGCACGCCGCACGCCCCCGGCUCCUCGCUCAUGGCUGGGGCCGGCCGGCCGCGGGCGCUACCAUGAGGCACAGCAUUGACGGGGGCAUCCAGGUGUCGCCGGACGACACGCACCAGCCGCUGCUUGGCGGCCGAGCAGGCCCCCCCCACAUCCCCCAGGAGGGCCCCGCGCGCCCAGGCGACACCGGGGCCGCGUCCCGCGUGGACGGGAAGCUGAUGAACCUGCUGGCCGUGCUGGAGGGGCGGCCGGACGGGAGCGAGAGUUGGGGCGGGUGCUGGCGCUUGGGGAAGGGGCGGCGAUGCAGCCUGGCGUUCGGGCUGGUCAUCAUGACCUUGGUGAUGGCCUCGUACAUCCUCUCAGGGGCCCGCCAGGAGCUCCUGCUCGCCUCGCCCUUCCGCUACCGCGCCUUCCCCGGCAGCCCCGGCCCGCCCGACGGCGAGAGCCCGAGUGACGCCCAGGAGCUGCACCCCCAGCCGCCCGCGGGCAACCUGUCCUCCGCGAAGGACGCCCCGGGCCUGAGGUCAGUCAUCGACAGCAUCACGGCCAGGAUCGCGUUCACGGCCAGGCAGCUCCCGGGCACAGACGACCUCAGGAGGCAGGAGCCCCACAUGUUCGCCGUCAUCCCCAGGAAAUUCCUCCCGAGCAGCAGGAGCCCGUGCUGGUACGAGGAGUUCACGGGGCGCAACACCUCGGACCCCUACCUGACCAACUCGUACGCGCUCUACUCCAAGCGCUUCCGCGCCACCUUCGACGCGCUGCGCAAGGCCUUCUGGGGGCACCUGGCCCACGCGGCCGGCCGCCACUACCGCCUGCGCUGCCUGCCGCGCUUCUACAUCGUCGGGCAGCCCAAGUGCGGCACCACCGACCUGUACGACCGCCUGCGGCUGCACCCCGAGGUCAAGUUCUCCGCCAUCAAGGAGCCGCACUGGUGGACGCGCAAGCGGUUCGGCAUCGUGCGCCUGAGAGACGGGCUGCGGGACCGCUACCCCGUGGAGGACUACCUGGACCUCUUCGACCUGGCGGCGCACCAGAUCCACCGGGGCCUGCAGGCCGGCGCCGCGGGCGACCCGGGCAGGAGGAGCCGCAUCGUCAUCGGGGAGGCCAGCGCCUCCACCAUGUGGGACAACAACGCCUGGACCUUCUUCUACGACAACAGCACGGACGGCGAGCCGCCCUUCCUGACCCAGGACUUCAUCCACGCCUUCCAGCCGGACGCCAGGCUCAUCGUCAUGCUCAGGGACCCUGUGGAGAGGCUGUACUCGGACUACCUGUACUUCGCCAGCUCCAACAAGUCCGCGGAGGACUUCCACGAGAAGGUGACGGAGGCGCUGCAGCUGUUCGAGAGCUGCCUGCUGGACUACUCGCUGCGCGCCUGCGUCUACAACAACAGCCUCAACAACGCCAUGCCGGUGCGCCUGCAGGUGGGGCUGUACGCCGUGUACCUCCUGGACUGGCUCGCCGUCUUCCACAGAGAGCAGCUCCUCGUCCUGCGCCUGGAGGACCACGCGUCCGAUGUCAAGUCCACCAUGCGGAGGGUCUUCCAGUUCCUCAGCCUCGGGCCGCUGAGCGAGAAGCAGGAGGCCCUGAUGACCAGGAGCCCCGCCUCCAACGCCCGGCGCCCCGAGGACCGCAGCCUGGGGCCCAUGUGGCCGCUCACCCAGCGGCUCCUGCGGGACUUCUACGGGCCCUUCAACGCCCGGCUGGCCCAGGUCCUCGCCGACGAGGCGUUCGCCUGGAGGAAGACGUGAGGCCGGGGCGCCCGGGUGCAGGCUCAGCGUCACGGUGAUUGCAGACAUCUCCCUCCGCGGGCCGUGGGCUCAGCGUGAGCAACCCCGACGUCCGAGGCUCCUGCUCCCGGGCACGGGUCCGCCGGGACCUUCCGGAGGCCUUUGCGAGGUCACAGCCCCGCCAUCGGCCCCUCACGAGGCCCCAGCUCAGUUCACAGGCGACAAGACACCCCGUCCUGAUUCAGAAACUCGGGGGUGAGCCCACGGGCCGAGCGUGGGGCGCUGGGAUCCCCAGGAGAACCUGCGGGGCCACCGCAGCCUGCUGUGCCCGUGGACGGGCUAAAGGCCUCGUUGUUUCUCAGAGGCGAUGGGGAAGGAUUGAGGGGAGCCCUGAGCCCACUGCGCACCUGCCCGGGGGACCCAGCGAGGCUUCACACUCACUCGAGUGCUGUCGGAGGCUCCCUGUGGCCCAGACCAGGGCUCUCUGAGGUCCUGACGCCAAGGCGAGUGCGUCAGCAACCCCAUCCCCACCGAAAGUCAACACCUCCACACCCCCGUCACUCCGCGUGCGGACGAGCUCAGCCUCCAGCCCGGCGCCCCGUCUUCCUGCCGUGGGGGCGCAGCCCGUGGAAGGCGAGCAGGGGCUCAGAGACCUGCGGCCUGGCUGUUCCUGACCGGAGGGUCUGUGUGUCCUGACCUGGCUUCCAGGGACAGUCCCCGCCCCUCUCGCAGCCGGCAGGGCGCAGAGCAGCAGCCGCGGGAGGUCUGGCCCCAGGACGGCAGUGUGUGAGUGUGUAUUUAUUUGCAGCACACGUGUGCGCGCGCGUGUGUGCGUGUGUGCACAGGUGCAUGUUAUGAGUGGGUUCCCUCCGGUUCUGUGGCUGACGUGGCUCCCGGCUCCCCACUCUGGACACAGCGCUCCUUGGACUCGGGUCUCUGCCCGCGAACUUUCCACGUUCACUGGGAUUUGCUCCCAGCGCAGCCGCCACCACGGCCUUCUCACGCCUCCUCUGCACGUGACCGCGUGCAGCCCACCUGCUUCUCACAGAAGCACCCGGCGGUGUUGUUCCCGAUGCCGCCGGCUUAUUGUACAGAUCGUUUUCUAGGCCAGCCGUCCGUCCGUCCGGGCCCGCGGUGCCCGCAGACGCGGUGUCUGCAGGGCCUCCCCGAGGGCACUGCCUGUGCUCUGCUGCGAGGCCUGUUGGUGCCGUUCUGCGUGGUGGCCCUGGAGCCCUCCCCCAAACCAAAGUGGAACGGGGCGUGCCCCCGCCUGUGCCCUGCAGAGCCGCAUGCAGGCCCCGCGCCCCGUCCUCGCUGCGCCCCCUGAGCUGCCGAGGGAACCACGUGAUGCUGUACUUUCUGCCGAAUUAAACGUGGGCCCGACGGGGACGGAGCGCAGGCGCUUCCUUGCUGUGCUGAGCCCUCGGGGUCCUCUGGGGU